AUGUGUAUUCGAAUCAUAGGAGCUAGUAAUCGACGGUAUGGUUAUAUUGGUGACAUUGUUGUUGCUGUAAUCAAAAAAGCAGUGCCAAAUUCAUCUGUAGAAAGAUCUCAAGUCAUCAGAGCUGUAAUUGUACGUACUUGUAAAGAACUAAAACGUCGUAAUGGUAUAAUAAUAAAGUAUGAUGAUAAUGCGGCGGUUCUCAUUGAUAAAGAAGGAAAUCCAAAAGGAACUCGAAUUUUUUCCGCAAUAGCCCGAGAAUUGAGACAGUUCAAUUUCACUAAAAUAGUUUCAUUAGCACCCGAGAUAGAGAUUUUAUUGAAUCAAAAAAUCAAAAAACGGGAGCACGUUGAUUAUAUCGAAAGUAAGGAGAAAAAAUCGAUUGUGGGUAAAGAUACUAUCGCUGAUAUACUAACCUUGAUACGCAAUGCUGACAUGAAUAGAAAAAGAACUGUUAAAAUACCACUUACUAAUACCACCGAAAACAUUGAGGAACAAUUGAAAGUUAAAAAUGGUUUGAUGACCAAACCACGAAGGGGUGUCGGCCGGCCGAAAAAAUUGGCGGUGGCGCUCCAACGCACGGCAGAAAGAACCAUCGUGACUCAAGCAACCAUAGAACUAGCUCCCGCGAGCUCAGAGACCUCUUUGAAGAUACCAGAGAAGACUGAAGAACCCUCUCCAAAAGAAGAUGACCCUCCUUCAACGGAGACGAUUCCAACGAACCCUAAACCUUGGGUGGAGAUCAUCCAAGGUAAUCGAGAUGUGUCCAGGGGAAUGGCUGUGGAUUUCAUAGCACCUAACAUUGUCAAUGGAGAAAUUGAAAUUGCAAUUGAGGAAGAUGAUGUUGCUCAGGAAAUUGAAUAUUGGGAAAAUGCAAUAAUCCUUUUUGCGCUGGGUGAAAUACUUUCGAUGCACGCCGUGAAGAAGUUUAUGGAGAAGACUUGGAAUUUUGUUGGCCUACCCGAGUUGUACUACAACGAUGCUGGCUACUUCAUUGUUCGAUUUAGGAAUUAUGAAGAUAUGGAGAAAGUCAUGGCUCAGGGACCUUACUUUAUCUACGGUAAACCUCUUUUCCUUAAACAUUGGUCUGAAAAUUUUGAGAUUAAAGAGGAUUUACUUCGCAUUCUGCCAUUAUGGAUUACUCUGCCCAACCUUCCACUAUACCUUUGGGGGAAACGUAGUAUCUCCAAAAUUACUAGUGCUAUAGGCAAGCCAAUUACCACUGAUGAAUGCACCGCUAAGAAGCUACGUAUUUCGUAUGCUAGGGUGUUAGUAGAAGUUGAUAUUACACAGAAAUUGAGAGAUUCUAUAACCAUUAAGGACCAUACUGGUAAGAUGAUUGAACAACAGAUUGUGUACGAAUGGAAGCCGAGUUAUUGUCACUCCUGCCUUAAGAUAGGGCAUGACUGUGCAACACAAAAAACUGGGAAGCAGAAAAAAGUGUGGCAACCGAAACCACCUGUGCAAGAAAAGAAGGAGGAAGAUGUGCCAAUGCCUAUUAUUCCUGAAAAAGAACCAAACCCUACAGAAAAGACUGACUGGAAGUUGGUGACUUCUAAGGGGGACAGAGGAAAAAGACCAAUAAACAGCACUCCUACACAGCUACAGAUAUGGGAAUUCCAAAAUCCCUUUACUCCCUUAAGGACUGGAGAAAAUCCUGCAGGGGAGCAUAGUGGAGGAUUGCCUAUAAUUGCAUUGCUUGAGACGAGGGUCAAGAAGCAUAAUGCAGAGGGAAUAAGAAAGCAGUUGGGAGCUAAAUGGCAAUUCGUGGAUAAUUAUGCCCAUCAUGAUAAUGGAAGAAUUUGGCUCAUGUGGAUGGAUAAUUUGGUCAGUGUGAAUGUCCUUCAGAUGGGUGAUCAAUACAUUCAUGCCGAGCUUGAAAAGAGGAAAAUCCUGUGGAACACUAUUGAGAAUUUGGGCACCAACCUGCACACCCCUUGGAUUGUCAUGGGGGACUUCAAUAAUGUCAUCAAUAGCCAAGGUAGAAUUGGAGGCAACCUGAUUACAACUGCAGAAUAUAAGGAUUUGACUGACAUGAUGCAAAGGGUUGGACUGUUUGAAACAAAAACUAGGGGCAAUCACUACACUUGGUCAAAUAAGCAUAGCAUUGGUUUGAUUUACUCUAGAAUUGACCAUUUGAUUGGCAAUGCGGAAUGGUUCCUACAGUUUAAUGAAACCUUGGUGGAGGUCCUCCUUCCUCACAUAUCUGACCAUGCUCCUUUAAGGAUUAGGCUAGAGCAGCAUAUACCUCAGAGGAAAUAUCAUUUCAAAUUCCUUAACUGUAUUACUAGGGACCCAUCUUAUGCGCAGGUGAUUCAGGAUGGAUGGCAGUACUCUGUUAGAGGCACUGCAAUGUACAGGUUGUGGAGUAAACUGAAAUAUUUGCAGCAUACUCUUAAGCCUCUUACUAGAAAAACCACUGACAUUCAAAUGCAAAUUCAGCAAGAAAGGCAUGACCUCACACAAGCACAAGAGCAGCUGAACCAAAAUUUGUUUGAUGAAACUCUAAGAGGCCAGGUUAAGAGUUGUUAUGAGAAGGUGCUUCAUUUAAAUCAGGUUGAGGAAGAGAUGCUGAUGCAGAAAUCUAAAGUCACAUGGCUGAAACUUGGAGACAGUAAUAACUCAUAUUUUCAUGCAGCAGUCAAGGAAAAGAACAAGCAGAAGGGAAUCUAUACUUUACAUGCUUUGGAUGGGAGGAUUCUCACUGCUCAGGAUCAAAUUGAAGAUGAAAUUCUGGAGUUUUAUAAGCAAUUGAAAGGAAAAAUUCUAUCUAGAGACCAGGCUCAGAAGCUCAUUGCCCCUAUUGAGGACAAGGAAAUUUGGGAGGCAUUGAUGAGUAUUGGCAAUAAUAAGGCACCAGGAGUGGAUGGCUUUAAUGCUUACUUCUUCAAAACCUCUUGGAAUACUAUUGGGAAAGAUGUGAAAGAGGCAAUUCAGGAAUUUUUCAAUGAGAACAAGUUAUACAGAGCUGCCAAUUGUUCUUUGGUGACUCUUAUCCCUAAAUCUUCAGAGGCAAAGACUGUUAGGGAUAUGCGACCUAUACAAGAUCAUUUCAAAAAUCAUCACCACAAGAUUGGGCAGAGUGAUCUCAGAUGUUAUAGAUGA